GGCGGGCCUGAGCGGCGCGUCCUCGCCUGAGAGGGAGAGGGAGAGGGAGAGGCCUUGCCAAUGCCAUGGCCUGGACGGGGAGGCCCCUGCGGCUGCGCCUGGCCCGCUGGAGCCCCCUCCUGGCCCGAGCAGGAGCAGCCCGUAAGGCCCCGCGGAGGGAGACCCGAGGGUCGGUUUGGCUGCCCAGAUCUGUGGGAAGUAUUAACUUUAGCACCAAAGAAAAAGCUGAACCUACCAACAAACCACUUAAGAAACCAAAAUUGCCAGUAGGUCGUUUUGAUGAGGCAGAAGAAUCUAACAUAGAGACGGAGCCACUAGAAAAGUUUCCGGAUGGCAUCAAUCCUGUUACGAAGGAGAAAGGAGGACCCACGGGCCCUGAACCAACCCGUUAUGGAGAUUGGGAACGGAAAGGACGAUGUAUAGAUUUUUGAAGAGCACCAUACAUUUUGGAGAGCUGAUAUUAGAAUGGUGAUAAAACUUAAGGAGAUAGAUCAUCCAAAUGAGCCCUCCUGUAUUUAUGUGAAGUAAUAUGCUAUAUUAAUCUUAUUUAAUGACAUUUGAAAACCUGCUUUCUAUGGAUAAUUAUGUUUUAAUAGAACAGGUUGGAUGCUGAAGAUUUACAUUUUUGAAAGACUCAUGUAAUUUAGAGGGAUUUUAAUUUUAAAAAAGACUCCUAAGUUUGAUUUCAUGUGGCCAAAAUGUUCUGUCAGUGCAGGUGUCACAGUUACUUCCAAGAAAAUCCAUUUAUUAGUUAUGAACUGAUAUGUGGGGGGGGAAACAAUGUAUUGCAUUCUUGUUUGUGAAGCAGAUAAUGUCUUCUACUUAUGUGAAGAACAUAGUUCUGCACAAAGCAUUUAAGUUGUUACAUCCUAGAAACCAUUGUUUAAGGUGCUUGGACCAAACACACUGAAUAUUACACAGCUGCCGUCUUUGAGUAAAGGAAGGGUAAUCCCCACCAUUUACCCUGUUUCUGCAGUUUUUCUUAAUAGAUUGUUAUGUAUUAACUGAUUCUCAUGCACUUAAACUACUUCUCCAUUGUUUCCCAAUACUGAAUAAAUUACACUUAUCCACUACUACUUAAAAUGGG